CUUUCACCUCGUGCUGAGUCCCAUCCACUUCCAAGAAGCCAUUCACGUUCCUCAACCACGGCACCUCUCUGGAUACGCACCGUCACAUAUACAAGUUCAUCAAGGAAUAUACAUCAAUGAUCAUCCCAAUCAGAUGCUUCUCGUGCGGCAAGGUCGUGGGACACGUUUGGGAGCUCUUCCUGUCCAUCAUUCAAGAUCACGGAUUGAGUGAAGGUGACGCGAUGGAUGCGGUCGGACUGAAGCGAUAUUGUUGCAGACGAAUGGUCCUGACACAUGUUGAUUUGAUCGAAAAAUUACUCCAAUACAAUCCAUAUGAGAGACGGGUAGAGCGGACUUGAACGUGUUCUUCUCUAAUCUGGAAGUCGACCAGAAUCUUGUUUUUAAUGACCAGGAAUAUCUGGAAACCGCAAUAAUCCGGUCGCGCGGCCAACAUCGGGUUUUCUUCUUCUGCCCACCACCUCACUCGGGACAAGCUUCUUCAACUCCAACACAAAUUAAAAUCACUCUGCCUACAAGAUCUCGUUUCUUAUUUUGAGUUUUGUUUCUCUUAUUUAGUUUCAUUUUCAACACUUUCUUUCUUUGAACAAAUGUACUUUUUGAAAGAAAAAGUAGACGGCGGAUGGCCUCAGAAAUGUCAUUCUGUAGCAAAGGUACAACUCUGCCGGUGCAGGGGUACAUAACCACCGGCGUGGCUACCUCUAAUUGGAUAAU